AUGAGUGGUGCGGUCACGCAACUAUAUGCAGCGCAUGCUGCAGAGUUCUACAUGGAUAGCUCUGGAAAUCAAAGGGUGACACUUGUCUGUCCGAGAGAUGACGGGUAUGGAAUGGGUGACCCGCCUCUGAUUCGCAUGAGAUGGCUUCACGUCCAGGCCCAAUCGUUGAAUAUUGCAACUUUGGAGACGCUAGUAACAGAUUGUCCGUUCUUGAUGCCAUCCCUGAGAUUGGUUGCACUGACAGUCCUCAAAGAAGUCAUGGCGAGAUGCGAAAGACCUUCUGAGUCGGGGACUUACAUUGAGUCUGGCUCAAUGAUUCAAUACAUCGGUAGAUUCAACAGCAGUCUCGGGAGAUAUCCAGACGAGGACAUGUCCGAUACUGAGCCCGUCACCUUCAUCUCAACACAGUACCUUAUCCUGGAGGACAAACCUGCUGGCAGAAAGCAGCGAGGGAAUCACUACAAGAGAACCCUCCGUGAAGUGCUAUAUGGUUAUGACGAUGAGACAACACAUGACACCAGCGAAGGUGCCCAAAAUGUCGACGUGGGCGGAUCCAAGUCUUUGUCGGUACAAGCGUCGCAGGUUUGGACUUUAGUGCUGGGUUCUGACUUGAUCAUCACUUACUCUGGAUUGGCCUCGUCAGAAAUGCAGCAAAAUCUUAUUUCAAUUGAUACGACAUUCUCAUCAGAAAGAACAUUCACAAUCAGGCUCAUCGAUGAGAAAGAUAUGUGCCGUUACCACGUGGUCAUAACUCCAAGCUGGAAGUACGUGGAUUUUAUGAAACAUGCCGUGGCACUGGCUUCUAAGGGCCAAAAGCGAUCGAAUGUGACGGCCUAUGUACUAGUCGACGAAUUUGGUCUUUGGGUUACCACAGAUAUGUGGCUCAACUUGCUUUCCGAGGGUAUCAUCGAAGACUAUGUGUUUGGCCUGCGAGAGAGAAACACGGAAAAGGGCUCACCAACUGAAGAGUAUCACGCUCUGUCGGCGAAGCUUCUCGCCACAAGCAGCCGGAGUAGUCUUGGCAGAUACUCGCGCCGGAGGUGA